UUAACACAGAGGCUGAGAACUACCGAGAGCUGUGAACUCGUUCUCAGUUUGUAUCCUGCAGAUAAUGAUACCGGCGCGCGACGAUACAAAACAAGUGACCAAGUGACUACUAGCGACAUAGUUGGCGAGUUCGGGCGCAGUGUUCGCGCGGUCGGUAGGCGGCGCGGGUGUUUGUACGGUCAUGAGAGAAGCAGGUACUAGGAUGGCCGAGCUCGAGUUCGAGGCGCCGCUCGCUCAAAUCGAAGAUGCCGAUGAUUGUCUGACUUCGGUAGACUAUCCACAGAAAACCAUAAACGGUAAUGACAUACAUCUGAACAAUAUCAACAAUUUGAAAAGUGAAAUGACUAAAAUGAAAACCGACUCCAAUAAAAUAAAUGACAACGAUGUAUCGAGAGUGGUGAAGUGCAAACAGGAUAAUAUGCAGAAUGUCGAAGGCGAUAAUUUCACAGAGACAUUUUCCGGAUCACUUGAAGAUUUGGUUAACACCUUUGAUGAGAAAAUUACCAAGUGCUUCGGGAACUAUGAGGAAAGUGUUGAAAAAUUCGCCCCGGUUCAAGUGCGAUCCCAGGAAGAGAUAAUGAACGAGUGCCAGAUGUGGUGGACGAUCACCGGCAACUUUGGGAACAUCCUGCCCAUAGAUUGGACAAAGUCGUUCUCCAGAAAAAUGCAUAUCCCCACAUUGAACCUCAGCGAUAAGAAGAGCGUGCUGAGCCCGGACGAUGAGAUCCACAGCUCGGAGGACGAGGCGGUGGCGUCCGACCUGGACAUGCACGCGCUGAUCCUGGGCGGCCUGCACCAGGACCACGAGUGCCCCGUCAAGACCGCCGAUGAGGUGAUCCAAGAGAUCGACGACAUGAUGCAAGAGACGCCCUCCUCGGAGGGCGACAUCCUCGAGUACAACGAGGCGCUGGAGAAAGGCAAAGAAGUGCUGAACUCUCCGCUGUACGAGGACAGUGAGUAUAAUAAGAAAACUUUAUGCAAGCCCGCGAAUUUACGCGACACGCUGAACACAAUUUUUAAUAGUGCGGGUAAGAGACUCGGGGCAGCACAAUCUUGGGCCUCCGACACCACACUCUUCGGACGAAACGCGGAAUUGCUUCUACUUCACUCCUGUCUUCAAAUAGUAUUAAUUGUGAAGUCAUGUUUCCAGUACUUGACGACGGUGAUCCCCUUCACGCUGGAGAACGGGCCCCCGGACAACCAGUCACUGCAGAUUCUCAUUAAAAUAUUAAAAGCGAUAAACGAAGACAGUCCCACUGUGCCGACCCUGUUGACGGAUUAUAUCUUGAAGGUGCUGUGUCCGACAUAGGCCGCACGUGACGUCACGACGUUAGCACAUUCUAACACAUCCACCAAAUUUAAUCCCAUUUCAAUAAUUAAGUAUCGCAAUACUAAAUGCAACAUUUGUCUUGUUAGAAAAAAAACGAUUCACACAUCUUGUCUAUGGAUUCCGAAAAAAAUAUUAUUUUUCAUAUUUUAAUGGUGCUAACUUCAAAUAAUUUACGUUAUUUACAAUAUAUUAUAGACAUUUUGAAGGGGGGAACAUUUAAAAAAAAACUUUUAUUGUAUUUUAUUGGAAAGAUUUUUUUAUUAACAACUAAAAUGUACUUUAAAAUGAACGCGCCCAUUGCUAUGUCGAAAUUUAAUGUUGUCAUAUUCCGCACCAUACUUUUCCCGAUUAUUGUCAAUAAUGUUUAUGACGAUUUUGCCAUACUGUUAUUUUUAUAGUUUAAUCAUUUUUUUACAUUUUAAGUAAAAAAUCAAUUCUUUAAUUACUUUUGCAUAAAUGAACUGUGAUAUCGUAUUAUGGUAGUUUGUUAAUUAAUGCUUCCUUUUAGGUUUAUUAUAACAUGUUUUGUUGAUAAAAGCAGUUUGUGUAAUUUAUUUAUUAAGAAAAAAUAUAUAUUUUUACCCAUUAAAUUGUGUCUCGCUAAUUUUGGCAUUGUAAAUAUUCUUUUUGAAACAAAUAUAACUGGAAUUGUCUCUUCAGGGUUAAAUUUUAGUAAAGUUUAAUUCAUAGGGUAACACUGAAGGGUUGGCGUGUAAAUAGUUUUAUUGUCGGCUUUCUAGUUGUAGAAAAUUAUUUCUAUCUCAUUUUUAUUAUGACUUUGUUAUAUUUUAUUGGAUUUUAAAAAACAUAAUAGAAUGUAACAAUUUUAUGAAAUCUUGUCAUUUUUUUGGGAACAUCGAAUGAAGUUAGACUUUUUUUUUUUGGUGGAAUCUACUUUAAUAAUUUUUAAUCAUGUAGUAUUUUACUCAUCGAGAGCACCAUAAAUUAGUUUUAGAAUAAAAAAUAUCUCUAGUCGCAUUAUUUCUCGAUCGUAAAGUUAAUUCUGGCAGCAAAUUUUAUGAGAAAAGAAGAUUAAAAAAAAAAUUUGCAUGAUUGUAUGUAACGCUGUUAUUUUUUAAAUUAAAAAAAAACGUAUUGAAGUUUACAUAAAUAAUAUCAGCUUGUGUCGCACAUUUUAAAUUUAUUUGUGUAGUCACACGUAUUUGUGGUUAAUACUCAGAUACGGUAUUUUAUCGAGAUGAUAUCAAGUUUGUAAAAUUUUAGCUUUAAGUGAUAUUUAUAAAUUUUUAGUAGUAUUUGUGAAGGCGCGCGCUCUCUGCGUUGCGCUGCGUUAGUUUGACAAGCUUCAUGUGGACAUCUUAUUACGUCGAGGAAUUGGAACCUGGUCGAAAUAAAAGAGCUUGAAAAAAGAAAAA